GAGGUGUUGAAGUGAUCGAAUGGAAGCUACAUUGGCUCUGCGAACAAGGACCAAUACCUGCGGAAAUUUUUACUUAGAGACACUGAGUAACGUUUGCAUCGCGUGCCCAAAGCCACCAGGAGCACGCGGAUACCGAUUUCUUGGUCGUAAGCGCACAAUUUUUAUUUUCUGGUCACUUCCAGUUUUGAAGCGGGGGUGCCCCGCUAACCCUAAGCCAUAGGCGAGGGCCCUGACUACGGCGGCCACAUCGCUCGUGAUGGAGUCCGCAGCGGCCUGCUCAAGCGUUGAUCGAAACCACCAGCCGCAUACCGCCAACGCUGAAGAGGAAGAAAAUGACAUGCGCAUGUUGCAAGACCCUCCAAGUACCACCGGCGACGACGAACACGACAUGGCACCCUGGAUUAAAGUCACCAGCCGGGCUAUUCGCCGCAAGACGCGAGCCAGCCUUGCCACGCAAACUCUCAACCUAUCGCCGCCAAAGCCGGCUCUUCGACCCAGCCGCCCGGUGCUCAAGCCAAAACCUCCACCCCUUCCUGCUGACGACUUUAAAUUGGCGAUCCGGCCUCGCAAUGGUCUCGUGCUGAGCAAGGUGAGCCCGAUAGUACUUUCAAACAGCAUUAUGCGAGAAGCUAAGCUACGUCCUCAAGAGGCAGACAUCAAAAUACGCGUCAAUGAACAACAGAACAUUCUAGUUGCAAGCACACCCUACCAAUCAACAGCCUCGGCGCUGAGUAAGAUCCAAAAACUAACUAUUGGUGAAACUACUUACGCAAUUGCGUCAUAUGGUAUCUCCCCUGACAACUCGUGUAGAGGGGUGAUACACUCGAGAGAAAAGGAAGCCACCAACGAAGAACUAUUGGAGGCCAUCUCAGCCCCUGGAUACGAACCACUCACGUGCCGCCGAUUCGGGGACUCAGACACCAUCCUCAUCACUUUCAUAGGAAAGAAAGUCCCUUUCCUUAUAUACGUAGGCGGAGUGGAAACGAGGUGCUUCCUCUACAAACGCACCGUCGCCUACUGCUACGUCUGCCAUCAAACUGGCCACCGCGCGGACGUCUGCCCUUACCCGCCAGAUGUGCCGACGUGCAAGGACUGCGAAGCCCUACUUACCGCGGAGCCACACGAGUGCAAACCGAAAUGCUCUCUGUGCAGCGGUGAACACCGCACAGCGAGCAAGGCCUGCCCUGGGCGCUUUUUGCCGCCCGUCAACCGGCGAAAAGAACAGACGUCGAUCGGCAGGCGGAGACCGAGAACUCCUUCUGGCCAGCGAGGGGACCCCUCAUCAAGAUCUUCCGCUGCCCGGUCCCGAUCUCGUAGCUACCCACGUUUGACCCAGGACAGGAGACGCCGCAGUUCGAGGUCCCGGUCCCGCUCCAAGACCCGAGGAAGGACACCGAGCACCCAGGAACGAAUAGAAACUCAGCAAUCUACGCAGGUGAGCUGGGCGCAGACGCUCUCUCGCAAAGCUCGUUCCCCUCCCCUACCCAAUGAUAUGCUUAAACAAGUCCAAACGCAGAAUUUACGUCUACAAGAGGAGAAUACAACACUUAAAGCCGAACUUGGCGCACUGAGAGAAGAAUUAUGCGCCCUUCUCCCCGACUGCACUAAGCCCACAACUCACAGAAAUCACUCAGCAACUCGCAACCCUUAUGCAACUUAUGCAACAAACUAA